AUGCCGACAGACACCAAUUAUGACGCUGGGCAGCCAGUGGCUGGGCUUGGGAAGACGGAGUCGGAGAUCAGUGUUGUGCGUCAACGUUCGAAUCAGAGUUCCGAGCAACGUCCUUUCAUCCCGGAACCCGUCACUUUCGACUACAUAGGUGUUGGGCAGAUCCGCAACGAGAUUUCCGGUCAAGAAAGCAGACGUCAAUCUGGCUUCAAGUCGCAGUCAAAAUCGCGACAUCCAAUUCCUUUCGCCGAAGUAAAGGGGGACUCAUCCUUUGCUGUAAGCGACUCUCUUCUAUUCAACGUCCUGCCUCUGGAAAUUCUGACAAUGGUCAUUGAUUUUCUGCCGAUCGAGGUUCUAGAGGUGCUGGCGAGUGUCAGUCGUGACUGUUAUAUACUUGCUCGCACCAGACUGUUCGAGAAGCUGGACCUCGGCUCCCAUCCCGCAGGUUUGGAUAUAUUGGGCUACCUACACAAGCAGACCUUCGAAUCGAGAAGCAGAAUGAACACACUCUACUUGGGGAAUUGUGUUCGGCGCCUUACAGUGUCCACGUUAUCGAGAAGAUGGUCUCUCCACACCGUCAUAAAUGUUUACCUCCCGAAAGUCCUCAAUGUCAUACAGUAUGGGCUCCCGAACCUGGACUCCCUGAAAUGGUCGCAGCCAGUGACAUUGACAGCUUCUGCGUGGCAAAUUCUUCUGGAAAGUCCAAUUCGGCGGCUGAAGCUGUACAACAUUCUCAUUAACGCCAGCACCUUCGACCAACUGCGAGGCCUUCCGCCGGCAGCCGGACGAUCUUUGGAGGAAUUGCACAUAGGGUGGGAUGUCGAGCCGAAACGUGGGGUCCUUUUCUGCUACAACUGUGCGAUCGAGCUCCUAAUCCGCUGUGCACCCAAGCUCACGACGCUUGUCUGGCACGGAUCAAGUUACAGCCCGGCAAGGUAUGGUGGGGAACUGAGAAAGGCUGGUCCACUUACACCAAUGUUCAACCUUCGUUCACUGGCGCUGAACGGUGUCUAUAUCCAGACGCCGGAAGACAUCGCUGCACUCAUGGGUCCGACAAAAACCUCAAAGCUGGCGCACUUGUCCUUGAACCAAGUUAACGAGGCUGUCAUUCGUCGUCUGAGACUCCUGGGGAGGCUGCCGAUGCUCCAGAGCUUUGUGUGGGGCCAGGACUCCUAUACAGCGCCGUUGUGCGUCGAUUUCCUCUCUCAGAACCCUCAGAUUGAGUUUCUGUCUCUGAAGUACUGCCCUAAGAGCCUGAUUGACGAUGUAGUGUUGCCUCUACUAGCUACGGACUUCCGUCGCCUUAGAUCACUGGAGCUGAGAUACGACAGAUACGACAAUUCCAGCUCAACGCUUUCCGAUGCAGCCCUUACACGCAUAUCUCAACUUAUCAGCCUGACUCAAUUGCACGUUGAGAUAGGCCCCCCCACCCCAACCUAUGGCCUUGCGACGUGGAUGCUUGAUCACGACAAAAUCCGUGCGUGUGUGGAGCAGCUCCCGAAGCUGAAGACGCUGGCUCUGAGCGGCGACACAUACGAUCCACAUAACACCGGUCUACGGUUCGUUCAAGAGAACUACUACUAUCGUUCCUUCACUCAUGGAACGAAUGGUUGGGAGUCACACGACCGAAGUCCUUCCUUCGAAAGCACACAUCUCGAGCGCAUGCUAAAGCAAGGGAACGAAUACGUGUCAAUACGCAACCAGAGUGGCCCGAAGCUAGACUUCGUAUACUGUGGACAGAUUCCCAUGCGUGUGGAGACUGGUUCUGCUGGAUGUUCCGCCGUACCCGCGACAAACGGACGAGAUUCAUUGACUCAAUUCUUGCGCAAAACUUUUCGCACAGGAAAUGCGUUGAAUCCCUCCGAGUGA